GCUGCUCCUCACUGAGUUCUCACUGAGUUCUCACAUAGUUCUCCACGCAGGGCUGUGGAAACCAUGCCGGCUCCGUGGGAACACACCGGAAGUGCUGUGAAGUCUGCGUCGUGUGUGUGGAUCUUAUUCAGCGUCUGUUCCGCGGUGGUUCGCGCGCAGGAGGGUGAUGGCUGUGGACACACGCUGCUGGGCACGGAGUCCGGCACCUUGGCCUCUCAGAACUAUCCAGGCACCUACCCCAAUAACACUUUGUGUAAGUGGAGAAUUCGAGUGCCAGAGGGCCGCACGCUACAACUCUUGUUUGGGGAUUUUGACGUUGAGAUCAGCCCGGGCUGCGGCAAUGGCUCCCUCGUGAUCACGGACAAAAAUGGAACACCCUGGCUGGGUCCAGUGUGUGGGAAGCUUGAUGAGCUGCAGAAGAACGUGAUGCUCGUAAGCAAUGAGGUGAUAAUAACCUUCAUGUCAGGGCCGCACCGCUCUGGACGGGGGUUUCUGCUGUCCUACACCACAGACCAGUAUCCAGAUCUCAUUUCUUGUUUAAAACGAGGAACUCAUUUUAACUCGCAGCAUUUGAGCGUUUACUGCCCUGCUGGGUGUAAGAGUGUCGCAGGCGAUGUGUGGGGGAACUCUGAACUGGGUUACAGAGAUACCUCAGUGCUGUGCAAGUCCGCUGUCCACGCCGGAGCUACAUCUGAUACUAUGGGGGGUCGUGUCACUGUGACUCGUGAAAGAAGUCUCAAGCUCUAUGAAUCCACAUUUGCCAAUGGAAUCCUCUCUAAAAUGGGAUCAUUAUCUGAAAAGAAGCUGCUCUUCAGCCAAGAAUGCAAAAACAUCCUACCGGUUUCUGGUCUUAAUGCCUCCUCUGUCUGGAACAAAAACAGUCAAGAGCAUAGAAGGUUCUGGUCCUCCAGAAACAUGGAUUCCAGCCAUGAGUUCCUACUCUGGACAGCAGAAAAUAAUGACGCCAACCCAUGGGUGGAGCUGGAGCUGAGUGAUAGAAGCACCAUCACAGGAAUUAUAACAAUUGGAUCCAAUGAGUACUACACAGAAUCCUACAGUCUUCUUUACAGUAAGGACAGAAAGAACUGGAAGCCUUACAAAGGGGCUCUCAGCAAAGAUAAAAAGGUGUUUCAGGCGUAUACCGAGGGUCACCUCAGAGUUCUCAACAGCUUGUCUCCACCUGUCGUUGCUCGGUUCAUUCGACUAGAGCCGCGGAGCUGGCAAGGCAGAGCCUCUGCUCAGGUCCAGGUCCGGGGUUGUCCUGUCACAAAGCUCACACCAAGGUCCGGCUCACCUGGAGAAUCUCCGCCGAUUAAAGUUAACAUGGGAACGCCGCGCCCAAGCUCCUCUCCCACCCCCACAGAUGGCCCAGUGUUAGUGGAGACAAGACCCACAGGCACAAGUCAGGCGGUAAUAGUGGCGGUGGAAGUGGUCCUGGGGUUGAUAAUGUGCGGCAGUUGUUUGUUGGCUGUAGUCUGGUGGAAGAGAAGAAAAAAAGAAUCGCAAAUUAAGUACUGUUUACCUAAAAUAGGUUGUCAGAGUUUCCAGGCAAAGAGUCUUCCCUGCCCACAAUCUGAGCUUAUCUCCUACCCUCUGGAGCGAAAUGUCCAUGACGCUCUACCUAGCCCUCCUCUCAACGACUACGCAGAGCCCACUGCUGCAGCUAUUGGACAGAAGGUUGGGUCGACGUUUAGACCCUCCAGAGACGAGGGCUACACCACCCCCUUCAUCUUGAACCAUUAUGACACUCCUGGCAACCUGCCAGAGUACGCCGAGCCACUUCCCCCUGAACCCGAGUACGCCACUCCAUUCGGCGAUCAGCCCGCCGAGUCCAACCUGCCGACUCUGACAGGGAGGCUUCAUGUGCACGGACCUCCUGUGACAGCGCCACCGCCCGCAUCUGGUGCCAGGACCACAUCCAGCCACACUCAGUAUGACUGCCCCUCUCACAGAAUGCUAUCCAAUGGCUACUGCACUCCUUCCCUACACAUCAGCGGCCCACGACCCGUCAGUGUGGUCUACGCCGAGCCCAGCUCAUGUGACUCAUUAUUACAGAACCCCACAUACGAGGAGCCUUUGUGAGCACAACUCAGCUCAGAUACAGAUAACAUAAAGACUCUCUUGAGCUGAACAUGCAGGGGGACCAGAGGAGCACUUGCAGUGAUCUCAAGUGGACCUUGAGUUGUACAUUGUGUCCAGAGGGUUCUAACGCUGACAGAGCUGAACUUCCAGUGAGGAGUCACUUUGGACCUCUUUGCAUAUGUGAUGGAACAGAAUAAUCUGACAACCAUGUGGACAGUUAUUUCCAGGAAAUAUGUAUUUGUACUGUGGAAAUAUCCCAUGAUGCACAAAGAAAGUCCAGGUUCAGUUGCAUCUCAGAGAUGCUGUUUAUUGUUGUCAUGUGCUGCACUUUCAGAAAAUACAUACAGCAAUGUAUGGGUCAGUCUGUUUAACAGGUUAAUGCAAAGAACUGAAUGUUACUUGAACUCACCAAACAUUGUAUUCACAAAGUUUCAUUUCAACGUGUUUUGUAAAGAGGAAACAUUUAAGAAGCACUGUAAACGGUUCACUGUAACAAAGUGGUUCAGAUGUUGCUGUGAUUUUAAAUAACCACUAGGUGGCUCUCUUUGAAUAUGUAACAAUAGUGGAUUGUUGUCUUUAAUCGGCUGGUUGUUGUUCCUGUACCAUCAUCCAUUUAUAACGUACAAAGUAAAGUAACAAACAAAUACUGGUUUCAAAUAUGCAAUAAUACAGAAAGGCACAACAGGCAAGGUUAGGUCGUUAUUAAGAGAGAGGACUUCAGAUGUGAUUUAAACUACUGCAGUGUCCUUGAGCAAGACUCGGACAUACUCCAGAGCUGAAACUAGACUAAUACUAGAGGAGCUAGUGUGUGGCCUCUUCGUUCAUUUUCAACAUCUUUCUCAGUGAGAAGCACAAAUAAAGUUAAUUAGCUAUUUUCAUAUGAGAAAUAAAGGUCAUAAACAGUGAAAUAACAUAAUUUAAUUCAACUGAUAUGACAAAAAUAUAAGAUAUAUAUAUUUAAGAUUAAAAAUAUUACUUGUCUGAUUACAAUGAGACCAGGUGGCAGAGACAGCCCUGCGUUAUAUCUGAAACUGUUACUAAAGUGAAAUUUUGUGAUUGUUUUCUGUGGCUCUAAUAAGAAGAAUACAGCUUCUUCCACUGCUGGAGAAGGCACAAUAAAACGACUGAAAACAGUU